AUGCAGGCGAGAAGACGACGGCGCGAGAGGAUGAACCAGAAGCGAGACAACGUGAGCUGGAGUGAGAGUGAGAACACUGGAUUGUGGUUUCGAUUCGCGAACCGUGAGAUCGAAGAGGCGGAACGAGAGAUCAAAAAGGCGGAACGAGAGAUCAAAGAGGAGGAGCGAGAGGUGGUUUCACAGCUUCGAGAGUGGGAAAACAAAGCAGAAGCAAAAGCAAAUACAGACGUAGAAGUAGAAGAAGAAACAGAUACAGAUGCAGAUGCAGAAGCAGAAUCAGAAGUAGAUGCAGAAGAAGAAGCAGAUGCAGAAGUCGAAGCAGAAAAAGAAGCAGAUGUAAAUGGUGAAGCAAAAGAAGAAGCAGAUGCAGAUGCACGCGGCGCUUUUUCGCCGCAAGAAGAAGAUCUCAUUGUUCAUUUGCAUUCCAUUCUUGGCAACAGGUGGUCUCAGAUAGCAGCACGUUUACCUGGGCGUACAGACAAUGAGAUAAAGAAUUUCUGGAACUCCACACUCAAGAAAAGAUUCAAACUUAGCACCAAUAACACCCCAUCACCAAACAACAAUAGUAGCAGUGAUGACUCUUCAUCAGAUCCUAAUAAUGCUAAUGGAAUCAUCAUGGUGCACCUCAAUGAACAACAACAUGAUCUCAUGCCCAUGUCAAUGUGCAUGGACUCAUCAUAUUCUUCUUCAUCAACUUCUUCAUCAAUCUCAUCCAUGCAUCAACAACAAGCAGCACCAAUGGUUUUUUCUGACCAAUAUAAUGACCCAUUUUCUAUCUUGAUAAAUAAUAAUGAUGUGCCUCAAUGCUUGAUGACCCAAUUUGGUGGCAUGGUAGAGGAGGGGCAUAAUGGGAAUUAUGGAAUUAUGGGGUCUAACAAUAAAAUAGGGCUAGAAAGAGAGUUGUCACUUCCUCCACUAGAAAGUGACAAUAAUGCCCCUAUUAUUGAUGUGAAAAACCAUAACAACCAUUUCAAUCAUCAUCAUCAUAGUGGUUGCUUCAAUAAUGCUCAUCAGAAGGUUUCCAAGGUGGAGGAAUUGUUUGGGUUUGGAAAUAAUAACAAUAAUGAUCAUCAUGGGCAUCAGCAAUUGCAUCAAGGGGAAAACUUGAAAAUUGGAGAAUGGGAU